AGUUUGCUGUUAGCUUACUCUGGAGUUCCAGAAGAGAAGGAGCUGAGCUGUGGAAUGUGUGCUGUGUGCUGUGUUUUUCUCCUUAUUUCAGACAGAAGCGGAGUGGAAGAUAUCAAGCGACAUGUGGACAACACGUCCACUAAACGAGCAGGAGUGCCCUGCUCGUGGGGAUAAGUGCUAAGCAUGUUGGGUAAGAGUCAGCCCACAACCAGCGUUCUCACUCUGGUGAACUCUGAAGUUUCGGACGCCACUGUGGUUACAGACGGUAUCAAGAUGGCCGAACUUGUGGAGAGCUUGGAUACCAGAGAACUGGACAUAGAGGAGGGAGAGGAGAUGGACUAUGAAGGGAACUACUUAGGGGACUGUCGGAUCCCGUUUUCUGCUGUUUAUGCCACUGUGGGUUUUAAGGAGGCCAGCGCUAAGGUCUACCUCCCCACUAUGGCCAUCACUGCCAGGAUCGUGGAGGUGGAGAGAUUCACCACUGCACAGGACCGCUUCAACCUGUCUCACCACAGGAGUGUCAACAAGUCUCUGCCAGCUGUGUUUAAAAUUGAGCUGAAUCAUGGUGAGUUUACCUGGUUAAUAAAGAGGAAAGAGAAGCACUUCAUGGAGCUGCACAGAGAGCUGAAGACGUACAAAGCCUUCAUGAGGAUUCCACUGCCGUCACGGAGCCACACAGUGAGGAGGAGAACUGUGAGGAAGAGUGAAGUGACGGAGAUGCCCUCCUUACCCAGGGGCGGAGGAGAAGAGCUGGUGCGAGAUGAGCAGGUUUCUAGCAGGAAGAGACAAUUGGAAGACUAUUUGAACAAGCUGUUGAAGAUGGUCAUGUACCGGAAAUACCACCAUACUAUGGAGUUCAUUGACGUCAGCCAGCUGUCUUUUAUCCAUGAUUUGGGGCCAAAAGGACUGGAGGGAAUGAUCCACAAGCGGUCAGGAGGGCAUCGUAUCCCGGGAAUGAACUGCUGUGGACACAGCAAGGCCUGUUACCGCUGGUCAAAACGAUGGCUGGUGGUGAAGGAUUCGUGUCUGCUCUACAUGAAACCAGACUCGGGGGCGAUCUCCUUUGUCCUGCUGGUCGAUAAAGAGUUCAACAUUAAAAUGGACUCUAAAGACACGGAGACCAAGCAUGGAGUACGGAUUGAUAGUCUUUCCAGGACCCUGGUAUUUAAAUGCAGUAGCUACAGACAUGCCCGAUGGUGGGGUCAGAGCAUCGAGAGCUUUGUGAGGAGGUAUGGAAAAGCUUUCCUCCGGGACCACCGUUUUGGAUCAUUUGCACAAGAAGAGAACAAUAUUCCUGCCAAAUGGUAUGUAAAUGGGAAAACGUACAUGGAGGAUGUUGCAAAUACUCUGGAGGAGGCUAAAGAGGAAAUCUUCAUCACUGACUGGUGGCUGAGUCCUGAAAUCUUCCUGAAGAGACCUGUGGUUGAGGGCAACAGAUGGAGGCUUGACUGUAUUCUCAAACGCAAAGCACAACAGGGAGUGCGCAUCUUUGUGAUGUUGUACAAGGAGGUGGAGCUUGCUCUGGGGAUCAACUCGGGCUACAGCAAGAGGACAGUCAUGCACCUGCACCCAAACAUCAAGGUGAUGCGUCAUCCAGACCACGUCUCCUCCUCUGUGUAUCUGUGGGCCCAUCAUGAGAAAAUCGUUGUUAUCGACCAAUCGGUGGCCUUCGUGGGCGGGAUUGACCUAGCCUACGGUCGUUGGGAUGACAGAGAACACCGGCUAACAGAUGUAGGCAGUGUGACACGCUUUGUGGCGCUGGAGCAGUCUGGCUCCAGCAACACUCUACACAGUAAGGACGUGUCCUCUGCUGAUGCAGUUUCCCAGAGCAAUGGGCGCGGGACACCACCCUGUGAUGCAGUGGACUUACCCAAGUUGAAAGGGAUCGGUCGUAGCAGGAAGUCACCCUUCACCCUGUACAGACACCUGCACAAACAUACUGUGCAGCAUGCAGACAGCAUUAGCAGCGUGGAUAGUGCAGGAAGCGCUUCCAUGCAGAGUUUAAAGACUGGUGUCGGAGAGUUGCUGGGUAACACUCGCUUCUGGCAUGGCAAAGACUACUGCAACUUUGUCUACAAGGAUUGGAUCCAGCUGGAAAAACCUUUUGAUGACUUCAUUGACAGGUACACCACUCCCAGAAUGCCUUGGCAUGACAUUUCCUCUGUGGUUCACGGCGGGGCUGCACGGGAUGUAGCCCGACACUUUAUUCAGCGCUGGAACUUCACUAAGAUCAUGAAGCCGAAGUAUCGCUCUCUCUCUUAUCCAUUCUUGCUGCCAAAGUCUCACUGCAGCGCCAGUGAGCUCAGAUACGAAGUACCCAGUUGUGUUACCACCAAAGUACAGGUGCUGCGAUCUGCAGCAGACUGGUCAGCAGGCAUAAAGUACCAUGAGGAGUCCAUCCAUAAUGCCUACAUCCAGGUUAUUGCCAAGAGCAAGCACUACAUCUACAUAGAGAAUCAGUUCUUCAUCAGCUGUGCUGACAACAGGACAGUAUACAACAAGAUCGGAGAUGCCAUCAUCGAAAGGAUCAUCAGAGCGCACAAGGAAGGUAAGAAGUACCGGGUGUAUGUGGUCACCCCUCUGCUUCCUGGAUUUGAGGGUGACAUCACCACUGGGGGAGGUAGUGCCAUCCAGGCAGUCAUGCACUUCAACUACAGAACCAUGAUCCGAGGAGAAUACUCAAUAAUCUCCCAACUGAAAAAAGAGAUGGACGACCAGUGGAUGAAUUACAUCUCAAUUACUGGUCUGCGGACUCACGCUGAGCUGGAAGGACGCCUUGUCACAGAGCUCAUCUACGUCCACAGCAAGAUGCUGAUUGCCGAUGACAACACAGUCAUCAUCGGAUCUGCUAACAUCAAUGACAGAAGCAUGCUGGGAAAACGUGACAGUGAGGUGGCAGUGAUCGUAGAGGACUCUGAAAAGGUUUCUGCAGUGAUGGACGGGCAGGAGUAUGAAGCUGGACCUUUUGCACUUCAGCUCCGUCUUGAAUGCUUCAGGACGAUCCUCGGAGGUCACACCGACACGAGCAUUGACCUGACUGAUCCCAUCAGUGAUCGCUUCUAUAAGGAGGUCUGGAUGACCACAGCUGGGCGCAACGCCACCAUUUAUGAGAAGGUAUUUCGGUGCCUUCCUUCAUCUCUGAUACGGAACAUGACAGAGCUGGAGCAGUACCAGUCCAAACCAGGCCUGUCCCACACAGACUCGGCACGUGCUCAGGAAGAGCUGCGUAAAAUUCGUGGUUUCCUGGUCCAGUUUCCUCUGGAUUUCCUGUCUGAACACAACCUCAUGCCCUCUGUUGGAACAAAGGAGGCCAUGGUUCCAACUGAGAUCUGGACAUAAGGAUGUGACACAUUUAAGUAUGGCUUUUUUGCAAUGUUCUUGUGCUCAACCAGAAAAAGGUGCAACAUAGGAUAUUUACAAGAGAUCACCUCUGCUUAAUCUAAUCAGAUAUGAGGUUGCAGUUAUACCUCUCCUUUGUGUCUCUGUAGCCGCUGGACUUUGACAGGUCUGUCAAACUUUUUAUAACAGUUUAUAAAGGUAGGAAGUCUGAGGAGCAAAGAAGCUGUGGAGCUUAAAGCAUGAAGGACAUGAACUUUGGGUUUUGGGAAUCAAACACAACUUUGGACGCAUUUGGACUGCGGUAGAAGCUACAAUUUCUAAGGAACUUUCCACGAUGCUAACCCACAUGACAGAUUACUCGGGGAUUGCGACGCUUGUGAUUUGCUGCUUGUGCACUUGUACAGUGCAGUUGGUAUGCUGUUUGUGAGCUCGUACAUGAGUCGAACCUACGUAUGUGCGGCUUUAGAAUGAAUAUCUCCAAUUAAAAGUUUAUGUUGGCAGAAUUCUGCGGAUGUUUACAAAUAUGAACUACGCUUUUUCACUAUGACAGUACGUCCGCACAGACAGUUUAACUAUUUCAACGGCGAUGCACCGUUUAUUAGACAACAUCUUUUCAAAACUGAAAUAGUAAUCAUGAUACCAGAAAACCUUUCAGAGACACCAUACUGUCUGUGGAAGCUGUUUUAUUUGAGAAAAUGUUGAAAUAAGGCUUUUGCACUGCACAAUGUUCUGGCAAAUGAAGUGAAAAUGCUUUUUAUUUUGUUGUCUGUGCCAUAGCUGAUAUUUGAAGCUGGAUGAAUCAGUCGAGUUGAAUAUUAUAUACUGUAUGCAGACACAACUUUCACUGUGUUAGCUAAUAACGUGAAGCUGGCGGCCAUAUUGUGAGGGACACUACUGGUUUCUAAACAAGGGCAUGUUUGAGAAAACACUACUACCUUUGUGAAAUUUGACAUAUUUAGAAAAAUUCUCUGUUUUGUGAAAUAAUGCAUAUUUAGAAGCCUAACAAAUUAAAAUUUGUCAGUAUUUGUUGCGAAGUUAGAAUUAGAUAAAAUUAAAAUGGAAAUACAUGUCAGUAAAUGAAAUUCUAUGUGGAACUAUAAUACUUCUGUUUUAGUCUUAGUGAGAUGGAUACUUUUGGUCAACAAUUACAUUGUUUUUGAUGAGCAGAUUGCUGCUUUUUGCAAGACGGUUUAAAAUUUAAAAUGUUUUAUUUCUUUAUCAUUUACUGUACAUUUGUGGAAUAAUCGAUCUGAGCUUCUUUUGAAAUGAGUUUGAAAAAAAAA